GUAGAUCAUAUUGUAGUGGGUGCGAUGGUAAGCAGUGAUACCACAUUCGUGCCCAAGCAUGUGGCGGGACAACACGCACCUGUCAAAUUCUCCGCCGCCAUUUUGUUGCCUUUGACGUUUGCGGUUGCGUUCGAAAAUUGGUUGUUCGGAUAUACAUACCAGUUUUGUGUUUAGUGUAUGACAAUGUUUGUGUGCUGUGUGGUGUUAUAGUGUACUGUGGUGCUGUGUGUGUUUUAUUUUAUAAAAAACACUAAAGACCAGUACAAGAUACUUAUCUAGUCGACGUACUUCUAUAAAAAUGUUAAUACAGUUCACUUGACUGAUAAUUAUAUAGCUGGUGAGGGAAACAAAGAGAGAGAAAGUGAGAGACAAAGACGAGAAAGAUUUCAUUUCGAAGGAGUUUUAGAAGGAGAUACAGAUAUGGAUACUAAAACUGAUGCUCGCGGCGAAGACAUCGAACUGAGUGUUCAAGGAGUCAGUAGCAAGCCUACCACCGUGGUCAAGUCCAAGUCUGACCUUCCUGAACGAGGGUCAUGGGGUAGUAAGUUGGACUUUAUCCUGUCAGUCAUAGGUCUAGCCAUCGGUCUCGGCAAUGUGUGGCGUUUCCCUUACCUUUGCUACAAAAAUGGCGGUGGAGCAUUCCUCAUACCUUAUUUCCUUACAUUAUUCCUUGCUGGUAUUCCGAUGUUCUUCAUGGAACUGGCCAUGGGGCAGAUGCUCACGAUCGGUGGAUUGGGAGUAUUCAAGAUUGCACCCAUAUUUAAAGGUAUCGGAUAUGCUGCUGCAGUGAUGUCUUGUUGGAUGAACGUGUAUUACAUCGUGAUUCUUGCUUGGGCUAUCUUCUACUUCUUCAUGUCUAUGAGAGCAGAUGUCCCUUGGCGUUCAUGUGACAACUAUUGGAACACAGAUACCUGUGUUAACCCUUACGAUAGGAAGAACCUCACUUGCUGGUCUGAUUUGGACAUGACAACAUUUUGUACUCUUAAUGGCAAGAAUAUCAGCAAAGCUAUCCUCUCCGAUCCUGUUAAGGAAUUUUGGGAACGUCGUGCUCUUCAAAUUUCAAGCGGUAUUGAGCACAUUGGUAAUAUUCGCUGGGAACUCGCUGGAACACUUUUGCUGGUGUGGGUGCUUUGCUACUUCUGUAUUUGGAAGGGAGUCAGGUGGACUGGCAAAGUUGUCUACUUCACAGCCUUGUUCCCUUAUUUCUUGUUAACCGUAUUGCUUAUAAGAGGUAUAACUCUACCCGGAGCGAUGGAAGGUAUCAAAUUCUACAUAAUGCCUAACAUGUCGAAACUUCUCGAGUCCGAAGUGUGGAUCGAUGCGGUUACACAGAUAUUCUUCUCAUACGGCCUUGGAUUGGGGACGUUAGUAGCUUUGGGAAGUUACAAUAAGUUCACAAACAACGUUUACAAGGACGCAUUAAUAGUGUGUUCAGUUAAUUCGAGUACCUCAAUGUUUGCUGGUUUCGUGAUAUUCUCCGUAGUUGGUUUUAUGGCUCACGAACAACAAAGACCCGUAGCGGAAGUAGCAGCAUCAGGUCCAGGGUUAGCUUUCCUGGCUUAUCCAUCAGCGGUUCUCCAGCUCCCAGGAGCUCCUCUGUGGUCUUGCCUGUUCUUCUUCAUGUUGCUUCUCAUAGGUCUUGACAGCCAGUUCUGUACAAUGGAAGGUUUCAUCACGGCUGUGAUUGACGAAUGGCCCAAGCUUUUGAGGAGGAGGAAGGAAAUAUUCAUCGCUAUUACAUGUGUUAUAUCGUAUUUGGUCGGACUUUCUUGUAUUUCUGAGGGUGGAAUGUACGUUUUCCAAAUUUUAGACUCCUACGCCGUAUCAGGCUUCUGCUUGCUUUUCCUGAUCUUCUUCGAGUGUGUAUCCAUAUCUUGGGCAUUUGGCGUGAACCGUUUCUACGAUGGUAUCAAAGAAAUGAUUGGUUACUAUCCCACUAUUUGGUGGAAGUUCUGUUGGGUUGGAUUCACUCCUGCUAUCUGUAUUAGCGUCUUCAUUUUCAACCUGGUUCAGUGGACUCCUAUCAAGUAUAUGAACUACGAGUAUCCCUGGUGGUCGCACGCCUUCGGUUGGUUCACUGCACUGUCCUCCAUGCUGUGCAUCCCCGGGUACAUGAUCUAUCUGUGGAGAGUGACUCCUGGAACUAACAUGGAGAAAUUCCACACAAUCGUCCGUAUCCCCGAAGAUGUUCCCGCGCUACGCACAAAAAUGCAAGAAGAGGAGCAAGCCAAACACGGAAAGGCUUAAGAAAAAAACUUACCACCUUUCGAUCUCAAUCGGGUAGAGAUUCGAUAAAGUGAGUAUUCAAAUGUAUCGAUGUGUCUGAGAUUACUUCAACAAAUAAAUAUUCGGUUGAUUUACACACAAUUUUAUCAUUAUCGCAUAAGAAGAAAUUGUGUCAUAUUAUUACGUAGGUUGUUUAGUUUAAGCGUGUUUAAUCACUAGUGCAUAGAUGUAAUUUUUUUUUUUAAUUUUAUUAAUUCGUUUUUGUUAUUAAUAUUAUUUAUAUUUAAGUUUGUGUGUUUAAACGUUUAUGUCUCACCGAUUUUUUUGACUUUGGGUGCGACGCGAUGCGUUCAUGUAUGUUUGUAACUUACGUUAUAUUUUAAUAAUUUUAAUUAAUUUUAGUUAAUAAUAUGAGAACUAAUGUUAACUAUCUUAUUGUCGUCUUCCAUGUAGUCAAUGCUUUAUAUAAUAUUAAAUAUAUACGUAUAUAGAUUGUUUUAUAUAACCACUUAUAAUCGAUAAUUGAUUUUAAUAAUAAUAUAAUAUAAUAAUUGGAUUUAAUAAUAAAUGUUGGACAAUCUUUAGUGAAAUUAAAAUACAUCAGUAAUAUUAUUUUUAUCCGAUUUAUAUUGAAACAUCGCAUAAUUAUUUAAAGAAAUAUUUUAAUUGUUAUUAUCCUGAAAGGAUUUAGAUGUAAGAUUAAAAAUGACUAUAAUUAUUAGAUUAGGUAUUUUAUGAUAUUUUUGAGUAAAACGCUUCUAGACGCGAGUAUUGUGUGGUGUUUUUGAAAUUAUAUUGUUAGAUUAAUCGCUUUUUAAUCUUCUACUUCAAUAUAUACAAUGAGAACUAUGUAAUCAAAAGCAUGUGCAUGUAACAUGUGUAAUUCAAUAGUUUAUUUAUCAUUAAUUAUUACUUACGAGUCUUAUUUGACUUAUCUAAAUAUUUUGGUUCAGCUUUAAUAGCGUAAUAUAUUUCACGUAGACAUUUAAUUGAUUAAAAUACUUUCAAAGCUCAAACCAAUUUCAAAUUUAAUGAUGAAACAACUGUGUUCGAUCCGUGACCAAAUGUAUCAAAAAUAAAAAAAACACAAAUCUUAUAUACAAAAUUUAAAACAUUAUC